GGGCGGUGUCACAGAGAUGUUCACCCUCGUCGCCGGUUCUGUACCGGCGGGUUUGGGUGCAACGGCGAAACGCGGAAGCCUCUGGCGAUUCAGAGCAACUGCCGAUGUGUUCCCUUCAUUCAUUCCGAAAGAAGUAGAGAGAAUCAAAGACCCAUUUGCUCGAAAGCUAGCGACAAGGAUCGAGAGACUGCCUGUGCAGCUUAGCUCCUCUAACAGUUGUAUCAUGAGCAGUUGCGUGAAGCCAUUAUCACCAAGCAAGACAAGUCCAGUGGUUCUCCUCCAUGGUUUUGACAGCUCCUGUUUAGAAUGGAGAUACACAUAUCCGCUGCUUGAGGAGGCUGGUUUAGAGACAUGGGCUGUUGACAUUCUUGGUUGGGGCUUCUCUGAUUUAGAAAGGCUUCCAUCUUGUGAUGUGGCAACUAAGCGUGAUCACUUUUAUCAGCUUUGGAAGUCCCACAUCAAAAGGCCAAUGAUAUUGGUCGGACCAAGCCUUGGUGCUGCAGUUGCAAUUGACUUUACAGCUAACCAUCCAGAAGCUGUUGAUAAGCUGGUCUUAAUUGAUGCAAGUGUAUAUACAGAAGGCACGGGAAACCUAAUGAAGUUACCCAGAGUGGUUGCCUAUGCUGGGGUCCAUAUAUUGAAGAGCAUUCCACUGCGCUUUUAUGCAAAUGUUUUGGCUUUCAAGAGUAUAUCAUUCACUAGAAGCUCAGACUGGACAAAAGUGGGCCGCCUACAUUGUCUAUAUCCCUGGUGGGAGGAUGCAACUGUGAAUUUUAUGAUUAGUGGGGGUUAUAAUGUUAGUUCUCAGAUACAACAGGUAAAGAAGAAGACACUUAUCAUAUGGGGUGAGGAUGACCAGAUAAUCAGCAACAAGCUUGCUGUGAGGUUACAUUGUGAAUUGCCGAAUGCAAUUAUACGCCAAAUACCAGAUUGUGGGCACCUCCCUCAUGUGGAAAAGCCUCACUCUGUUUCCAAGUUGAUUAUGGAAUUUGUUCAAGAGGAUAGCUAUAAAGAGGCCCAAUGCAUUUCCCAGUAUUGAAGUGAUUUGAAGGUGCCUUCUUGAUGUCAACAUGCAGGAGAUGGAGUCAUUUAAAGAAAAACGAAAACAGAAGUUAUUGCUGGUAUUAUUUCUAAGAAUUCUUGUUAUAAGACAGUGGACUUCGUAUUAAACAAAAAGACCUUUAUAUAAGAAGUAUCUGUCACAGUGUCACUCAUGCAAUCUGUGAGGCAUCAUAAGAAGAUUGCAUGAGUUACUUCAACUGGUUGGGCCUGAUUUGAUAAAGACUUUUAGUUGCUGAUUGUUAGCAACAUGUCCUUUAUUUUCAGGAGAAUUUUUCAA